AUGGAAACAAAAAGACUGAUUGGCAAGCCUCUCCAGCCAGCAAGACCUGCACGCCACCUUUCUUCCCAAAUAUCAGCAACUGCUUUCAGUUUCCAGGGUCAGUUUUCAUCCAACACUCCUAUAAGUCUGUGUAACGAAAUUGGCUGGAUGUGUAAAUCUAAUGGAAUGCGAGUCUUAAAUGAAACUCUGGUUCGUCCAUCAGAGCAACAUAAGCCUGAAGUCCCCAAAGCUGAAAGAAUAACAUAUAGUAGAGAUUUCCUUUUGAAGCUUUCAGAGGUUUCACUUGCCCAAAAGAAACCAGAAUUUCUUCCUGAUCAUCCUGUUGUACUUGAAAAACCAAAAAACUACUUACUGCCUACUGCAGGAGACGAUAGGUCUGUCUGA